AUGGAUCUUGCCCAGAAGGAGGCACCAGAGGCUACAGAGGUCGCAGGAAGUGGCCUCGCGUCUGUCCUUCCCGUCGACGCGAAGCCAUGGUACCGCACGCCGCAUCUCAUCAAACUCAAUCUUCUCAUCAUGAUCCCACUCAUCUCGUCUGCCUCGAUCGGAUACGACGGAUCUAUGAUGAACGGCCUCCAAUCACUGCCACAAUGGCGUAGAUACUUUGGCAACCCCGAGGGUGCCACUCUCGGAGCCAUGAACUCGGUCUAUCCUGCUGGCAAGGUCGUCGCUCUGUUUCUCGUUACGUGGAUAUGCGAUCGAUUUGGUAGGAAGCCCCCAAUCGUCAUUGGGCUCUUGACGUGCAUCGCAUUUGCAGUCAUGCAGGCAGUGUCGCAGAACAUGCACACCUUCAUCAUCGCUCGUGCCGUGCUCGGUUUCUUCACCAGCUUCCUUGCCCAACCUAGCCCAAUCCUCAUUGCCGAGCUCGCCUAUCCGACCCACCGAGGAAAGUUAACGGCACUGUAUCAAACAUCCUUCUACCUGGGCGGUAUCAUCGCGGCAUGGUGCACCUAUGGCACGCUUCGAAUCGACUCGACGUGGAGCUGGCGACUGCCAUCUCUGCUACAAGGCGCUCUUCCCGCCAUUCAACUGCUCGGCAUCUGGUUUCUCCCCGAGUCGCCCCGGUGGCUCAUUGCCCGCGGUCGAACACAAGAGGCUCGAAAAAUACUUACCGACUUCCACGCCGGCGGCGAUUUGAAUUCACCGCUGGUUAACUUUGAGAUGCAGGAGAUCGAGGCUGUCGUAACACAAGAAGCAGACGUCAUGUCUCAAAACUCUUGGAUGGAGCUCAUUCGUACGCCCGCAAACCGCAAGAGGACCCUCAUCGCUGCGAUUGUCGGCUGGUUUGCCCAGUGGAACGGUGUCAACAUUCUCUCGUACUACCUCGCCCUCGUUCUGAACACCAUUGGAAUCACAGACAGCAAGACUCAGACGCUCAUCAACGGUCUCCUAAACAUUUCCAACUGGCUGUCAGCCGUCUUCGUGGGCGCCAUGAUGGUGGACCGCGUCGGUCGUCGUACAUUGUUCCUUGUGUCUACUGGUGGUAUGCUCGUUUCAUACAUCAUCUGGACCGGACUGUCAUCAUACUUCAUUAGCUCACAAAGCGCUGAGGCGGGAAGGGCUGCUGUCGCCUUCAUCUUCAUCACGUUUUUCUUCUACGCCAUGGCCUGGUCACCACUUCUGGCUGCUUAUACUGUCGAAAUUUUUCCCUACACACUGCGUUCACGUGGUCUAUCGGUCAUGUAUGUGUCAACCUUUACCGGUCUUAUCGUCGGCAACCAGGUCAAUCCCAUUGCCAUGAAAGCGAUCGGCUGGCGGUACUAUAUUGUCUUCUGCUGCAUUCUGGCAGUUCUACUCGCCGCCAUCUGGUUCCUAUUCCCCGAAACCAAGGGGCACACGCUGGAGGAGAUUCGCGAGCUUUUCGAAGGCACGUCGUCCAGCCAGGACAAGCUUCACGAUGUAGAGCAUGGACACAUGGAUAGAAAGUCCAACAGCGACGACCACAUCAAGCAGGUCGAGGUGGUAGGGCAGGGCCGUUAA